AUGAGCCGCGUGUCGACAGUGCCAAGAGAAGACUCUGAUGAUUCCGACGUUUUCGAAGACGGUCUGAAGAUCACAAAGCUACCAAUCGUAGGAAUACUGCUCGUUGAACUUUGUGAGAGGCUGACCUACUACACACUGGCUGGCACACAGAAGGUCUACCUUCAAAAUCAGCUGAAGAAAACUCCCUCAACCUCAGCUGCACUGAAUUCAGUUUUCAGUAUGCUUUGCUACUUCUGGUGCAUUCCUGGUGGAUUGCUUGCAGACUCCAUUGGCCGCUACAAAACCAUCAUUGCUGCUGGAAGUGUCUAUGCCAUUGGAACGCUGUGUGUUGGAGUGGCAGUGAUUCAUGAGCUUCAAGCUUCACUUGGUUGGCUAUUUAUGGUGGGCUGUUUGGUGCUGAUUGCGAUGGGAACUGGUGGGAUCAAGCCAAACAUCGCCAACUUCGGAGCAGAUCAGAUUGGAGACAGAUCUGAGCGGCAGCGAGAGUGUCAGAAAACAUUCUUUUCCCUUUUCUAUCUCUCAAUCAACAUCGGAGUAUUGAUAGCCUUUGGCUUCUUCACCAACACCACGACAGGUGGACUUUCUGGUGUUGUUUCACCAGCAGAGGGCUACACCUUCGCAUAUGGUUCUGGUGCUGGUUGCAUGUGCCUAGCUGUGGUGAUAUUCAUCAGCUUCACCCGUUCGUAUACCAUGCUGCCAGGGAAUGGGCUUGCACCUGUGAAACGACUCAUCCGCUACCAGACCUAUUCUGUGUGCAAUGGUGGUGGUUGGAGGGCGGCCAUGUCCGCCGCCGGUUUCCUAUGCCUUCCCUUGUUCUACAUUGUUACUCUUUCCGAUGCUCUUCUUUCUUCCUCGGCGGAGGCUUCAACCCAUGAAGUAUUUCAUGACCCGUGUGCGGUGUCUGCGGACCCCCAUGCAAUACCUCGCUUGCUUCAUGGCGGAUCUGGUGGAAAGGGUCUGCUAAGCAACAUUGCCCUGGCAUUGGGGUCCAUCGCAUGCGUCUUUCUUGUUGUUGCGAACGUGAAUUGCUCCUGGGUGCAAGACAUUGGCGAAAAGGUCAGCUUCGGCGCGAAAGAUGCCAAACAGUUCUUUGCAGCCAUUCCAAUGAUUGUGGUGGUGAACCUCUCAUUCAACUUGUGCUACAACUCCAUGAACAAUGCUUUCCCCUCUCAAGCCUGUCAGAUGGACCUCAGGCUUGGUAGUGGCCAGUUGAAUGGAGCCUUCUUCAAUAUUGCUGAUGCAUUUGCAAUUCUUGUUUUCACUCCACUCUUCGAGUCUUGUUUGCGUCCUCUCAUCGAACGAUGCAAAGGGUCAGAAGUUCGCAUGGGACAGAAGAUCAUUGCAGGUUUGAUCAUAGCUUCGGUCUCCAACAUCUCUGCUGCUAUCCUUGAAUAUAAGCGCAAAGAGGCCAUCAACCUCUUCUUUGCUGGGUCUGUGUCCAAUGCCUUCACAGCAGUCGUGUCCAAAAUUGCCUACCCCAACAACCUCGACACCGGCAGCUUGGAAACAUAUUACCUUGUCAAUGCAGUCUUGGCCAUUAUUGGAAUUGGAGUGUACUUCUUGGUCAGAAAGGGCAGCGCUAACGCUCAUGACAUGCGACCAGAAGUGGAAAAGGAGAUGGUCGUUGGGCCAGUUGAUGACUCGGACUCUGACAUUUGA